AUGGCCGACACGAAGGCCCGCGGGCCCGUAGAGGAGCUUAUUGCCAAGCGGCUGCGCCCGCUGAACAAGAAGAUUCAACGCUUCAAAGGCUACCAGUCCAAGGCCCCCGCCGACCUCAACAAUGACCAGCGCGCCGGCAUUGCCUCUCUUCCGCAGCUCGAGGCUGCCGCUAAGGAGCUCGAAGAGCUCUCGCGUGCCGUCGAGGACGCAGAGCUCGUAGCGGCCGCCAAGAUACGCGAGGAGCGCGAAGCCGCGGAACGCGCGUUCGACGCCCGCGUCGCGGCCGCCAUCGCCGACUUCCAGCUGACCACCGCCACGCGCCUCGCCUCUUUCCUCUCACUUCACUCCCUCCUCCGCCCCGCGCGCCCCGACGACCACGAGAACCUCACCUUCGCCCCCCUUGCCCUCCCCCUCCGUCUGCAAGACGAGGUGCGCGCGACCGACAUCCUGCGUGUCGCGCGCAUGUACGAUGAUCUGACCUCUGGCGGAACCGCGGGGCAUGCUGUCCUUGUCUCGCUCUCCUCCGACAUACAGGAGGACGACGAGGAUGAAGAGGCUGUCCGCGUCCACCGCCUCCUCGCCCUACUCAGCCAGGAGGAGUCUGAGGUUGGAACCGAGGACAGUGUCGCUCUCGACGGGCAGAGCACCGUUCCCGAGCCGCCCCAAAGCGUCGCCGAUGCUCUCGAGACCACCCCAGAGGGCUCGGAGUUUGACCCACAGCGCACCCCCGUUGUGGCCACGGUCGGCCUUAGACCCUUCGACGAUGCGCCGCUCCUGCGCGGUGUCGCUCUAAACUUCCUGCAGGCGGACGAGCUGGCGCCCAGCACUGAUUCCGACUUCGCCAUCGAAGUGGAAACGCCCGUGACGGAAGUGACUUCGUCGCGCCAGUCGGUGACUUUGGACUGGGCGGAUCAGGACGACGACGACUCGGCUGCGCCUCUCGAGGCGGCACUUGGGUCGCCGACGCCCGAGGAGGGCGACGUGACGGUGCAGAUCGACGCCGUCGUGGUCGGCGUAGAGAGUCUCGAGGUGGGGUCGGAAAAGGAGGAGCCUGCCUCGGCGGCAUCGGGCGUCGCGUCGGCCGAGGAGAGCGGCGCGGAGCGCCGUAAGCGCAAGCCUAAACCGCGCGCGAAGAAGGACAAGGCGGCCGAGGUCGGCAAGGGCAAGCCGGUGGACGAGGAGGGUUUCGAGGUGAAGGCCCCGCGGCGGGCGAGCGUGCAGCGCGGGCGUGGAGGGCGCGGAGGACGUGGACGCGGUGCUCCCCGCGAAGGAGGACGCCAGGGUGAGCGUGAGCCUCGUGAGGGUGAGCGCCGCAAGUCGGAGAAGGAGGCCAACGGUGGACCACGACGCCCUCCCCGCAAGGAGGCCCCCAAGGACAAGCCCAAGGAGGCCAAGCCUAAGCCGUCGAUCUACAAGGCCGUCCAGCCGGGUGCGCCUACGUCGGCGCCUAUUCUGUAG